AUACCUUAAAAAAAUUGAUUGGAAAUUGAUCAUAUAUACUAUAUACCGAUAUACCGAAUACCGUACAUAUUCUUUGGAUGAGUUGACCAUCUCUAUUGAGACCAACAAAACAGCUGUUACGUGAAACAAAGCAAUCCAAAACAUGGAAAUUCGCAACAACGAUCCUGGGGCCGUGCAAUAUGGCAAUUUCAUGAAUUACUAUCAAUUUAAUUCGGCCUCCGAGAGGGUGAAACUGCUGCCGGACAAGGAUAUCUGGCUGCCAGCUUCCCUAGAGGAUGAUGAGGUGCGUCCCUAUCUCGUGCUGGAUGUCGGUUGCAACUGCGGCGUCUUCACCCAACUGCUGCACGGCUACCUGGAGGCGUGCUUGCAGCGUCAUGUGCAGAUUCUGGGCGUGGACAUUGAUGAGCGGCUGAUAGAGCGGGCCAAGCAGGAGAACACGUGCCCGGAGAAGAUAACCUACGAGUGCGUGGAUGUGCUUGACGGACAGGACUUUGAGACGGUGCUGAGCUACUUGGACGGCCAGCAACGACGGCAGAAGUUCGAUGCCAUCUGUUGCUACUCCAUCACUAUGUGGAUACACCUGAAUCACCAUGACGCAGGCCUCAAACUAUUCCUGCGCAAGCUGUCGCAUUUGGCAGAGCUGCUCGUGGUGGAGCCACAGCCCUGGAAGUGCUACCAAACGGCGGAGCGGAGACUCAAGAAAGCUGGCGAAGUGUUUCCCCUGUUCCUGCAGCUCAAGUGGCGCUCGGAUGUGGAGCAGCAGAUAGACAACUAUCUGGAGCAGACCCUGGACAGGCGGAAGAUGUUCGAAUCGACGCCCACCAAGUGGCAGCGAAGGAUCUGCGUCUUUAGAUGAUAGCAACAAGUUCAUAUUGAGCAUAUUACAUAAUACAAAUUCGUAGAGUAACAGAGACAAUCCCCCCGAAUACU